GAUGGCAAGUGGGCCAGCCCAAAGGUCACCUUCAGUCGGCCAAACGUCGUGGUAGUGGCGGCCGACGUCGGUCAGAGGAACGUCGGUGUUGAUCGGCAGCGGAGGAACGUCGUGCUCGUCGUCGUCGUCGUCACGAUUGUCAGUCACAUUUUUUGCUGAGUUAUAAGGAAUACUGCGAUACAGUCAUGGCUGAAGAGACGCCAGCUCAAAAGUUUAUAAAACCUGGGAGCCACAAGGGCAAGAGCAUUGCCGUGUUCACCAGCGGUGGCGACUCUCAGGGAAUGAAUGCCGCUGUACGAGCGGUUGUAAGGAUGGGUAUUUAUCUUGGAUGCAGGGUGUACUUUAUCAGAGAAGGCUACCAAGGUAUGGUGGACGGCGGAAAGGACAUCGAAGAAGCUACAUGGUCGGCCGUGUCUUGCAUCAUCCACAAGGGCGGUACGGUGAUAGGUUCUGCCCGAAGUCAAGAAUUCAGAGAGCGUCCUGGUCGUCGAAAAGCUGCCAAGAACUUAGUUAAUCUGGGUAUAACCAAUCUAGUUGUGAUCGGUGGAGAUGGUUCUCUUACAGGUGCCGAUCUCUUUAGAGAAGAAUGGCCCGAGCUUUUAAAAGAACUCGUUGCGUCUGGAGAUAUAACUGUCGAACAAAGCGAGAAAUGCAAACAAUUACACAUUGUCGGAUUAGUAGGUUCCAUUGAUAACGAUUUCUGUGGCACGGAUAUGACAAUUGGUACUGAUUCCGCGUUGCACCGUAUUAUAGAAAGUAUAGAUGCUAUAGUUAGCACAGCUUAUUCUCAUCAAAGAACAUUUAUAAUGGAAGUUAUGGGUCGUCAUUGUGGUUAUCUGGCUCUGGUGACAGCUAUAUGUUGCGAAGCUGAUUAUGUUUUCAUCCCAGAAUGGCCACCCGAGCAGGAGUGGCCCAACAAGCUGUGCAAAAAAUUAUUGCAGGAAAGACUCACUGGUCAACGACUUAACAUUAUUAUCGUGGCUGAAGGUGCCGUUGAUAGAAACGGCGAUCCGAUUACAGCUGAAAAGGUCCAUAAAGUAGUCGUAGAAAAACUACAGCAGGAUACAAGGAUUACUGUUUUGGGGCAUGUACAAAGAGGUGGCAAUCCUUCAGCCUUUGAUAGAGUUUUAGGAUGUCGAAUGGGAGCUGAAGCUGUAAUGGCUUUAGUGGAAGCAACACCCGAUACAGAAGCGUGCGUCGUCACAUUGGACGGUAACCAAGCUGUGAGAUUACCACUCAUGGAAUGUGUUCGUCGUACAAAGGCUGUGGCGCAGGCUAUGGCCAAUAAAAAUUGGGAUCUUGCUGUCCAACUUCGAGGAAAAGGUUUUGAACGUAAUUUGGAAACUUACAAAAUGCUGACUCGUUUGAAAGCUCCGGAUUUAGAUCAUAGUGCAAUCAAGGACGUUAAUGGCCACGCAUUAUCAAAGCAAUACACUUUAUGUGGACAAGAUCAUUAUACAGUAGGAGUCAUGCACAUAGGAUCACCAUCCUGUGGUAUGAACGCAGCGGUUCGUUCUUUCGUAAGGAAUUGUAUCUAUCGAGGUGAUAAGGUAUACGGUAUCUGUGAUGGAGUGUUGGGUCUUAUAGCUGGUAGAUUAAAAUUGAUGGAUUGGCCAUCUGUCACCGGUUGGGUCUCGGAGGGCGGUGCGAAAUUAGGAACGAAGCGCACACCGCCCCAGGAGGAUCAGUUACCCGCAAUCGCUCAAAAAUUGAAAGAAUUUGGAAUACAGGCGCUGCUCAUCAUAGGCGGAUUCGAGGGUUAUCAGACCUGUCUUACAUUUUUCAAAGCGAGGGAUAAAUAUGAGGAGUUUAGAAUUCCUAUCGCUAUGAUUCCCGCAACCAUUAGCAACAAUGUACCAGGCACUGAAUUUUCAUUGGGUUGUGAUACAGCUUUGAAUGAAAUUACAGAAAUCUGUGAUCGCAUUCGACAAUCGGCGCAAGGUACCAAACGCCGUGUAUUCAUUAUCGAGACUAUGGGUGGUUUUUGUGGAUAUCUAGCGACCGUCGCCGGCUUAGCCGGUGGUGCCGAUGCGGCUUAUAUUUAUGAAGAGAAGUUUAAUAUUAAAGACUUAAAUCAAGAUGUUAUUGCGAUGGCCGCGAAGAUGUCAGAGGGUGUCGAGAGAGGCCUUAUUAUCAGAAACGAAAACGCCAAUGGAAAUUAUAAUACAGAGUUUAUAUUCAGACUUUUUAGCGAGGAAGGAAAAGGUUUAUUCAGUUGUAGAAGCAACAUACUCGGUCAUAUGCAACAAGGUGGCUCGCCGACUCCUUUUGACCGUAAUUUAGGAACGAAGAUGGGUGCUAAGGCAGUUGAAUGGUUCAGCGAUCAGCUGAGAAAAUGUACUAGCCUCGAUGGUAAAACGGUCACUACAGCAGCUGACAGCGCAGUGAUGCUUGGUAUUAUUAGACGCCAGUAUAGAUAUACGCCAUUCACGGAACUUAUCGAAGUUACGGAUUUUGAACAUCGUAUUCCGACGUAUCAAUGGUGGAUGAAGCUGCGUCCACUGCUGAAAGUAUUGGCAAAACACGAGUCAACGUAUGAAGAGGAGGGUCUCUACAUAACCAUUGAAGAGAUGGAUCAACAAAAGGAUCCGCCUCUCGUAUAAGUCACGAAAUAGAUUAUUUAAAGUGCCGCGUAGAUGAUGCGGCAGCCAUUACUGAUACAAACGGAUAUUACUGAUCGUGUGAAAAGUAGUAGGUAUUGAUGAUUAAGAGUAAUCACAGUAUUGUAUGACAUUAUAAUAAUUUUAUCGUUGCUCGACGAAACAAAUGAGAAUCGUAUACAUAUUUAUUGGAUCAUGUGUAUUUAAAAAUUUUGAUUGUGUACAUUAUUAUGGUAUUCUUAUAUAAUACCGUUUGUGUGCUUCAUUGUUGCUAUUUAUUUAAAAUCUGCACGCAAAUUUUAUUAAUAUAAAUAAUUUGGAUGUAACCAUAAUAGAUGUAUGAUCGAGAAAAUAGGAAUGUAUCUUUUCUUUUUGUUUGGAAAUCAUGUUCGUGUCUUGAAUGUUUUCCAACUCAGGGGUGAGAAAUAGGUACAAAGGCAGUAUCUGUGCGAAAUGCAAAGGUAAGGUAUAUUUUAGAUGUUUGAAAACAAAAUAUGUGUAAGAGCGGUAUCCGUUGGCAUCGAUAUGGUAUUGUUACAGUAUAGUAAUGUUAAAAAAUUGCGUUGUAUAAUAUCAAAGAUAAAUUAGAAUCGAUAUAUACAUAUAUAUAAUUUUUUAGUGUAGCAAAAGAUAUAUAAUGUUCAAGCGCUAAAUAACGGACUAAAAUAUUAUUUUUACAAAAAAUAUGCAGAAACACAUGACUAUAAAUUGGAAACUAACGACGUGCAAAAUUUAUAUUUGAUAUGCUACUCGAACCUAAUACAUACACAGUUUUCCCCAUACAUCUUAUCAUAGAUUCAAUAAUUAAAUGUUUAUUAGCAUCGCUAACGAAUGAUGUUAUUUAUAUAUUUUCGACAUCUUGGACAUUGUAAGUACACCAGUAAUUAAUAGUCGCAUAUCUUGUUUUUCAAAUCUGUUUUUGCCUGAUUUUUUUAAAUGUAAUUGCGCGAUAUAUAUAUGUGAAACAUUUAAUAAAUAUAAUUUUCAAUUGUAGCCUGGAUCGAGAAGUAAAUCAGAUUUCAGAAGUUUUUCAAAGAGUUUCACAGAUCAAAUAUUCUGAACCGUAUUUGUGGUCUACUAAGGUAUAGGAUUAAAAAAGUAAUGCGAUAUUUUUUGCGUCGGUGAAAGUGUUUAUUCUUCGGUUUAGCGUUACUCGCGAAGCUAUAAAAAGCUAUUGGAGAAUAUACCUGUCUACCUCAAAACAUAAUUUUGCAACGAUAAACGAACGACUCGCAGGAGAGGAAUUGAUCUGAGUCGCGCGUUAUAAUGUUGCACGUAACGUUAAAGGAAAAAAUUCGCUAAAAUUUAAGGUUUGCGUGACCACAAAGGUAUUUAGAUUUAAUUCUUUUUCUCUUUCUCUCUCUCUUUCUCUCUCUCUUUCUCUCUCUCUUUCUCUCUCUAUAUAUUCGUAUAUUUAUCUUUCGAGAAAAUCGUGCAAGUUAAUCUUGUAAUUGUUUUUCUUUUCGACGUAUAAUGUAGCGUUUGUCACGUGUCUUUAUCAGAUUCUAGAACCAGAAAAUUGCUUUUUCUGGUAUAAUUGCUGAAAAUUAUGUCUUGUGCAAACUCUUACUCUACAUAUUCGUAAAUUUACUUAAGCGUCGAAAUAAAAUUGCCGACUCGUGAUUUUAAAAUACAUGAAACAAAAAUAUAUCAAGAAAUUUGUGCGUGAUAUCUGCGUAUGUAUAAUCUUCAACGUAUGAUUCACGUGUAUAUUCGCAAAAUAGCGGAUUACGUAACGAUUUUCAUUACAAAUGCUGUUUAGCAUUUGCAAUGCGACCAUAUACGUUUAAGAUUUGGCUUUAGUGAAUAGUACUUGAUGCAUGUGCUGCAUAAAAUAAAUAAUAAAACUUUGAAAGUACAAUGAUACGCGCAUGAUAUGCGUUAUGAUUUAUUCGAGUUAGAAUACUAGUGUAGAUAUACAUAUGUGGAUGUAAAAGAAGUUAUUUGACAGAUCGCGCUUGUUUAAAAUCGUUAUAAAGUAUAUAUAAUCUAUAGCGUACGAUAGAUAAAAAGUUCUUGUUGAGAGGCAACUUGAAUAAUAUCGCUAAUAUGGCACCUGUUUAAAUGCACGUAGGAAUCUCUUUUCUUUAAUAUCCUAUCAAGAGAUUAAACUAUCGACAAGACGAAGUGCGACGAGGAAAAUACAUGAAAAUUCUCGUCAAUUAUCUGUGCAUAAAAUCGUAUUUUUAUUAGUGUCUGCAUCGGUACAAUUUAUAUAUAUUUUCAUGACAGGCACUUUUAGAACGAUGAUUUUUGACAAUCAAAUAUAUAUUCAACAGUUUUUAAAUACCCUUUGUUUAAUAUGUAAGUAAUAAUGGAUCAUACACAAGAUAUCUGAUUAAAGUUAAUCGAUAUGCAAAUUAUAUAUAUCAAACUUCUAGUACAAAUGAAAAUAAUGUUGAUAUUUAAUAUCAUUUGAUAUUCUGGUAAAUGAAAUAUUUAAUUCGCACUCGUGUGUCAGUCAAGAUAAAUGUAUACGUAUAAUUAUCGAGUGCUCUAUACAUAUAUCGCACUCUACGUAAAGUCAUGUAAGCAAAAAUGUACAAAUAAUGUAUUUGCAUAAUGUCAAGCUAUUAGCUGCCCGUCACGUAGCGCAAUAAGGGUAUAUAAGAGAAUGAGAGAGAUAUAUUAUUUUUAAGAUCUCAGAGAUUAUAUUUUCGACUCAUUGUUGAUCAAUGAAUUUACAUCUUCUAUCUACAGCAUACAUAUAUAUAGUAUUAUAUACAUAUAUAGUUGCUAUAAUGUAUAUAUUUAUUUUUUUUCUUUUUUUUUUUCUCUCCGAAACAUUAUCACGACGUUAUCAUACUGCAUUCUGCGCGAUGCGUAUAAAGAAAUGUCUGUAUUCUUCGCAUGAAUUCGAAACUUUGCGCGAAUUGAUCGUUAUGAUGAAUGUAAAUUUAGAAAAACACGACUACGUAUUAUGCACGAUAUUGUAUUCAUGUCGUGAAAUAAAUUAUAUCUUCUAAA